AUGUUUCCAUGGCUAGCCUUCGGACACUUAAUCCCAAGCCUUGAACUUGCUAAGCUCAUUGCUCAAAAGGGUCAUCAUAUUAGUUUCGUGUCCACCCCAAGAAACAUAGAGUGUCUUCCCAAAUUGUCCCCAAACUUGGCUUCAUUCAUCAAAUUUGUGAAGCUUGCACUGCCCAAAGUGGACAAUCUUCUAGAAAACGUUGAAGCCACCAUUGAUGUCCCUUAUGAUGUCGUUCAGUAUCUCAAAAAAGCCUACGAUGAUUUGGAAGAACCCUUGACCUGUUUUCUCAAAUCUUCCAAAGUUGAUUGGCAUUUCUAUGACCUAAUUCUCUUCUGGGCAGGGAUUAAAAGGUGUACAGAGUUCAAACCAAAGUGGUUUGAAGUGCUAGAGAACAUUUACCGGAAAUUGGUUAUCCCCGUGGGUCAACUCAUCAAUAGAGAAUUCGAGGGAGACGAGGAUAACACCACAUGGCAGUGGAUGAAUAAUUAG